AUGGAAAAAGACAUAAAAUCACGUUUGAUUGAAUCAGUCUGUUCGAUAAAAAAGAAAAUUAAAAAUAUGAAAAAAGAUGAAGAACUGACUAAUUUAUCAGUAAACAAAAUUUUAAGACCUGUUGUUGAGCCGUUGCAUUCACUCCUUAAAAUUGAUAAACAUAUUCAAAAUACAAUAUCGCAAAAAGAGGAUGCUUCUAAAUAUGUAGGAAAUGCAAGUUCAGAUCAUGAAAAUUUAUAUAAAACUUCAGCUAGUUUAGAUGAAAUGGAUCCACCAAAUGUGUCUGAAACUUCUAAAAAUGAUGAUAUUAUUAAAAGUCCAACUAUGAUAAAUAAAGUUUUAGAGAGGUCGUUAAAAAAGAAUGAAAUUGCAGAUAUUUAUGACAGCUUAAAUGUACCAUUUGGCGUACGCAGCGUAGGUAGAGAUUUAUUCAUGGGGAAUUCAAAAGUCAAAUUAUCCACCCUAGUUAAUCCCAGCAAUAAUGAAAAAACUAAUUUGAUAAAUAUUGAAAAUAAGCAAUAUGAACUGUCAUCCGGUUUAAGAGAAUUAUUAUUUUGUAAAAAACCUAAUUUAACAUUAGUCACAGACAAAGAUCAGCUAAUAUAUAAGGAUAUGUUGUAUAAUACAUGUGCUCAUAGACGAGAUUACAAUCCGCAGGGACAAAUAAGAGGUGACAAAAGUAUAAAAUAUCGUGACAUUAUAAAACCUUUAUUUAAUGAAACUGAGCUAGAAAAUAAUCAAAAGUUUGGUUCUGUAAGAAAUAUAGAUGAAAAUAAUAACAUAUUUUCUUACGGUAAUGACGGUAAAAUAUUGCAUAUACCAUAUGGUAAUUACGAUUUGUAUGAUAUACUUGCAUAUUUAGAAAAAAAUUUAAAAGAUUGUGAGAUUAAAAUUCAACCCAAUAAUAAUACCUUAAAAUGUUCCAUAUAUUGCUCUGAAACACUUAACUUUAAUGUUAAAAACAGUUUAGGACCUGUCCUUGGUUUUCGUAAUAUAAAAUUAGAUGCAAACAAAUGGCAUGAAUCCGAAAAUCCAGUCAGAAUUCUACCGUUGUCUCUUAUAAGAAUCGAGUGUGAUCUUGUUAAAGAAUCAUUUGUUAACGGCUUACCAUCGCAUGUACUAUACGAAUUUGUGCCUGAUAUACCGCCUGGUUAUCGAUACAUAGAGGUACCUAAAAAUAUAAUUUAUUUACCAAUAAACAAAAAAAACAUAACAUCUAUAGCUAUAAAAGUUGUUGAUGAAGACGAAUUUGCGGUUGCAUAUGAUAAUAGAAUUCAAGUUCUGCUUUAUAAGCAACCGUACCCAUUCUAUGAUUUGACACCAACGGAACGAAGACAAGUAAGCUGGAUUGAAAGAAAUAGAGGAAUAUUUUGGAAAGAAGGUCAUAUACCCUAUUCAAAUCAUAAGGAUCAUAUUAUACCAAUUUUAGCUAUUAAAAAAAUUUACACUAAAGGUCUUGAAAAAAUGUCUUGGAUUAAAGAAAUAUCCAAAAAUAAUAAUGUUUUUAAUUUAGAAGAUCAAACUUGUCCUAAUUUAGUUAGUUUAUAUGAUAAGUAUACUUUGGAUGAAGACCAAAUUAUUGAAUUUUUGAAUGCAUCGGAUGGAGACUUUAGUGCUGAUUCGGAUAAUGAUCAAUCAUAUCACACAAACGUAGAGAGAAAUCGACAAAAUAGGUUAAAUUCCAGUAGUUCUGAUUCAGACAAUGACAAUGAAGCCCUAUCUGAUCAUUUUGAUCGCAUAUCAUCUCCAGUACGGUCUUUUGCUGGUAAUAUGACAGAAUGCAGAGCUAGCCGAAGAGCAACACAGCGGGUUUCACGAACAGUAGUAAGAGGACGCGCAAGAAACAGAAGGGCAAUAGGUAGAGAAGUAAGAGUACAGGAAACACGUGAAUCAGAAGGAGAAUCAUCUACUUUACCAGAUCUUAAUCCAUCCGUGACACAUUUACACAGUCCAAAUUACAUUUGUAGAGAAUUAGAAGAGUGGGAAUGGUUUCAGUUUUUAGAUGAUUAUUUAGAUGACGAAAUUUUUGAUCAAAUGGUUAGGGCAACAAAUCAAACUUCUGUUUUACUUACUCAAAAAAAUAUAGGAUUAACAAUUCGUGAGCUUAAAGAAAAAAAUGAGAAUCUGUCAAUUGAUGAAAUGAUUGUGCCGUUUUCAGGACAUUGUGGUAUAAGACAAUAUUGUCCCAAUAAACCUAAUCCUGUGGGCUUAAAAAUAUUUGUCUUCGCAAAUCCAGGUGGCCUUAUUUGCGAUAUGAUCGUAUAUCAAGAUUCGGACGAUAGCUCUGAAGGACGGACUCUCCGAAUAAUGGAAAAGUAUUCUCCUCUUUUGAGAAGAGCCUCACCAGUUCUUGUUACUAACAACAAUAAUAUUUUUAUUCCUGAGUCACCUUCACCAACCAAUAUAUUAGAAGAUAUUUCGUCACACCCACCCAUUUUUAAUCCUACUCCUCCACAUCAUUCUCCUAGCAUCUUAGACCAACCCAACAUGCCCGAAAAUGUUUCGAUUGAACAGCCAGAAGCUCGCCGAAUAAUGGAAAAGUAUUCUCCCCUUUUGAGAAGAGCUUCACCAGUUCUUGUUACUAACAACAAUAAUAUUUUUAUUCCUGAGUCACCUUCACCAACUAAUAUAUUAGAAGAUAUUUCGUCACACCCACCCAUUUUAAAUCCUACUCCUCCACAUCAUUCUCCUAGCAUCUUAGACCAACCCAACAUACCCGAAAAUGUUUCGAUUGAACAGCCAGAAGCUUUUGACGUGAUUGAAGAGCCAGAAAGAAACCAACGUAGAAUUCGUAGUAAAAGAUCAGCUCCUGAGACCUGGAAACAAAAUGUGCGAAAGUCCUUAAAGCAAUCUGGAAAAGAAUAUAUUUCUAUGAGAGGUAAGAGAGUGGAUGCUCGAAAAGUAAGACCUAAAGAUUGCAGUAGUUGCCCCAGAAAGUGUAAUCAAUCAUUUAACGAAGAUUCAAGGAGUAUUAUUCAUAAAGCCUACUGGAACUUACAAGAUUCAGAAAAACAAAAACAGUAUGAAUAUACGUUGGUGGAUGAAGUGGAAACAAAAGUUAAAACUUCUGGUGAAAAUUCCAGGCGAAAUAAGACGCGACAGUUUUUCUUUUACAAAGACGGUAGAAAAGUCCAAGUAUGUCAAGGUUUUUUUCUUACAACGCUUGAUAUAUCAGAAGGAUUCUUAAGGAAUGUGUUAAAGAAAAGGGAUGAAACACGCAUUGUUGCCCCAAGCAUGCGGGGCAAUUGUGAUCAUAUUUAUUUUAAAUAUAAUAAAAGUGACACUGAUUUUAAGAAAUUUAAAGUUAUACGUCGAGCGACAAGGGGUGCCACAAACUAUGAUUCAAUUACAUUGAUUAGAGCUUAUGAUUCGCCGAUGAAAAUAUCGCCUGAGAAGUUUCACGAUUUGAAAAGCCUAUGUGAACAAGGUAUUAUACCAUCACAGUACCAUACUUUUUAUGAGCAGUUGAACAAUGGCAGGAACCAAGAAACCGAUUCAGAAUCUUCUGAA